AACGAAGAGAAGUGGAAAAAAUGGCCUGAGUUGUCCGUAUUUUCAACAAAUUGUACGCUUUUACCCGAGGAAAGCAUCAUUUAGGGAUUUGUCAGUGUGGAGGUGUAGAAAAAAUUGUGAUUCUUUGAAGAUUUCGUCUUCAAAAUCAGGGAUAAUUUUGCGUGGCAACAGUGCGGUUGCUAUUGACUUGGUUGACCCAUAUUAGUUUGCCUUAAUUUUUGCGCUAAUCGUUCGUUGGCGCUGCAACGAGGAACCUUUGGAAAAAACAGGAAGAUUCGUAGCGCUUAUUUCUUGCCUUUGAUACAGACAGCUGCUUACGUUUACUUUGGGAGAAACUCGAUAUUUUGAGCGAGUACGUACUCAGUAAUUAUCAAUUCCCAGCUGGAGGAUCAAGAUUGCACUAUAGAUGCCAUACGUGCUGUAUACAUAGACGAUAUCACAGAAAUUGUCAAGUACACACGAUCUUAUGAGGAGAAGACUACUCACCCUGGUUGGGUUUACUUUCAACUAGCGGAUUUUUAUUUUACAUUUGGUCGUCUUCAACGAUGGCGGUAUACUUCGACCACAAGAUUCAAGCUCCUUCAGUAGCUAUACAAACUGACAUAGCGUGGCACCACACUUAUCCACUCUUGGCAGUUGCCUCAAAAAACGAACCGGAUGUAGGUGGUUCAGUUAACUUCUAUCUUGACGAGGGUGAACUUGUGGAAGAUUCUUCAAUACAACGUUCCAGCUUAGUAACAGCUAUUUUGUGGCACCCUGUAAGAAAGAUUCUUGCAAUCGGCUGGCAGAGUGGUGAUGUGUUAAUUUGGAAUGAACAUGACCAUGAGCUACAUGAAGCUUCUUCUAUUCAUCAGUCUGCAGUCCGGAUUAUACAGUGGAGUAACAAUGGGAACAGACUUGUUACCACUGAUGAGACCGGGAUCUUGGCAGUCUGGAAAGCAGAUCAGAAGGGUAGACUACAGCAAUCUCCAUUGCACCAACAUGAUGCUUCUUCACCAAUAACAGCUUGUGUUUUCAAACCACCAUCAAGCCCUGAGUAUGACAUAUCUAGCUUGGCAAAAGCAGCUGUGGCAGGAGACGAGGCUGCAUUGGACAUGUUAAGUUGGCGGAAGAGCAACAAAAGCACAUCAAAUACAUCAUCUGAUUAUUCCUUCUUUUUUGGAGUCACAGAUGGUUCUGUUUACUAUAUGGAUGAUAAAGGCCGUUGUUCGCAGUGUUUCACUGCAGAGGGUCCUGUCAAGUUCUUGUUGUACAGUGAGGGAAGGGACAUGAUUGUGGUAGUUACAGAAGGAUUGAUCCUCUCACAGCACAGAGUGGCACAUGAUGGCACUACAUCAGAAGUUGCUAAGGUAAAACUUAGUGGGCAAUCUGGUAAAAGUCAAAUAAUCUGGGCUGGAAGGCAAGUGUUAGCCACUGCAUCAGAGGAAAAUGUUGUCAGUUGGACCGGGAUCUUGGCAGUCUGGAAAGCAGAUCAGAAGGGUAGACUACAGCAAUCUCCAUUGCACCAACAUGAUGCUUCUUCACCAAUAACAGCUUGUGUUUUCAAACCACCAUCAAGCCCUGAGUAUGACAUAUCUAGCUUGGCAAAAGCAGCUGUGGCAGGAGACGAGGCUGCAUUGGACAUGUUAAGUUGGCGGAAGAGCAACAAAAGCACAUCAAAUACAUCAUCUGAUUAUUCCUUCUUUUUUGGAGUCACAGAUGGUUCUGUUUACUAUAUGGAUGAUAAAGGCCGUUGUUCGCAGUGUUUCACUGCAGAGGGUCCUGUCAAGUUCUUGUUGUACAGUGAGGGAAGGGACAUGAUUGUGGUAGUUACAGAAGGAUUGAUCCUCUCACAGCACAGAGUGGCACAUGAUGGCACUACAUCAGAAGUUGCUAAGGUAAAACUUAGUGGGCAAUCUGGUAAAAGUCAAAUAAUCUGGGCUGGAAGGCAAGUGUUAGCCACUGCAUCAGAGGAAAAUGUUGUCAGGAUGUGGAAUCUUGAGCAAAACGACAACUACAUACUUUCUGUUGAUGGCAGUGGCUUUGAAGCUGGGGAGGUUGUCAACUGUAUAUCAUUCAACAAAGUUAAAGGUAUUCUGGCUGGGGGAACAAACAAGGGAAAAGUGGCCAUGUGGAAACAUGUUGUGACUAAACCACAACAGAGAAAGCUGGAAGGACAAGAGAAAUGGGAUUUACAAUCACCAGCUGUUUUGGAGGGAGUAACACAGUUAUCCCAAAUACAGUGGGGUGGCAACAAAAGUCUCUUGGCUGUGAACAGUGGAGAAACAGUGAUAAUUCUAAAUGAACAAGUUAUGAAUGCUCACUAUAAUCAUGAGGUUGCAGGGGUUCAAGUUUCACCAAGUCAACUAGCCAUUGAAAAUUUCACAACUGACUAUCAUCAAGAUCUCAAGACAGAUAUUCAUAUCAAGGGAGUAUUUGUAACAAAGACACACACCGCAAUAUGGAAUGGUAAAAAAGUGGUGGUAUAUGAAGUGGCAAGUGACAAAAGCAUGGUCAGAGCAGAAGGUUCUUUCAGUUCUGAUUCUCCUGUUGUUGUUGCCCAUGAACAAAGUGUUUAUACUGUAGAGCCAGGAAAGAUCCAUGUCAGGACAUUUCAGGGGACAGUCAAGCAGAUCUUGCAGUUUUCAGAGGCAGAGGGGGACCCCAUUCUGUUAGAUGUGUGUGGGAAUUUUCUUGUUGCUGGAACAUCUGUGGGUUAUAUCAAGUUGUGGGAUUUGUCAAGAAGGGAAGCUAAACAACACUGCAAUCCCAAGUCAUUAGAGGAAAGUAUAGCAGGGAUCGGCAAACUCAAAUCGGUCAGAUGCAACUGCAAUGGAACCAAAGUUAGCAUCAUGUGUGAUAAGGCAAACAACUCUCCAGAUAGCAGAAUUUAUGUCUGGGACAUAGAACUUGACGCUUUUCAAUCAUUUGACUUUGCAACGGGCCUCAGCUUAGGAGCAGAUGAAGGCGAUAAAGAAAGCCCUGAUAUCAUGAACAGAGCACAGCAGGCAGCCGAAAUCGCUGGCCGGAGACCUUUGGCACAGUUUUGGGAUCCUACAGAACCCAAGUUGUUAGUCUGCGAGGCUGUACACAUUCCAGGAAUGUUACAGGAAACGUCAAACAGCAAAUCAUCCUCGAGGAAACCUGUGAAUAUGACUGCUGCGGAUGCCAGUAGAGAGAGUGAUGUGAUGGUGAUAUCGCUGUUCAGUACUCCAGAAAAUGGCAUCUUAAUACAAGACUUCUUUCCAAUUGACUCAGCUUACUUCAGUUUACUUGGAGUUCAAGUUCCCUUCUUCUACCUCGUUAAGAAGAGCAGUGAAUUAGAAGGCCCCCCUCCCCCUGACCCGCCAUCAUAUGCUGCGACGAACAUCCCCCUCCCUGACAAACACCACAUGGUCACUAAACACACCAUGAGGGAUUUUAUUGGACUGGAGAAAGCUGACGUGGAGGCCAGAAAAGCCAUGAUGAACUUCAGCUAUCUUUCCACCAUUGGAAACAUGGACGAAGCGUUCAAAGCCAUCAAGUUAAUCAAAAGUGAGUCAGUGUGGGAAAACAUGGCUCGCAUGUGUGUCAAGACCAAGAGGCUGGAUGUGGCUACUGUUUGCUUGGGAAACAUGGGAAACGCUCGAGCUGCUAGAGCGCUGAGAGAAGUGCACAAAGAACCUGAGCUGGACGCUAGAGUGGCUUUUUUAGCUGUACAACUUGGCAUGAUCGAGGAAGCGGAGAAGCUAUUCAAGAACUCUGGACGUUUCGACUUGUUAAACAAGUUUUACCAAGCCUCCAAUCAGUGGACUAAAGUAAGACAAUCCGAAACCUCGAACACCACCAAAAAAAAGUUGAAACUUUUGUCAAUAACGCCACGGCUUGUUUGUUUGCUUUUCAGCUUUGAGAAGGCAGACACACAUCGUUUUGAAGUGCCAAGAAUGCUUUUGGAGGAACCUCAGCAGUUAGAAGCUUACAUCUUGAAAACAAAGGACAAGGAGCUACGCAAAUGGUGGGCACAGUACAUGGAGAGCACAAGCGAAAUGGAAACAGCCCUGCAGUUUUAUGAAGCGGCUCGUGAUAAUCUCUCGCUGGUCAGAGUUUACUGCUACUGUGGAAACUUAGAAAAGGCAGCAGAAAUCUGCAAUGAAACAGGCGACAGAGCGGCCUCGUACCAUCUGGCCAGGCAGUUUGAGAAUCAGGAGAAAGUUCGAGAGGCUAUCCACUUCUAUACACGAGCUCAAUGCUACAGUAACGCGAUACGACUCGCCAAGGAACACGGGCUGGACAAUGAACUGAUGAACCUCGCGCUACUUAGCUCUCCAGAAGACAUGCUGGAUGUUGCAAGGUAUUAUGAAAACCAUCCCAACAUGCAGGAUAAGGCGGUCAUGCUUUAUCACAAGGGCGGUAAUGUCACCAAGGCGCUAGAUCUGUGUUUCGCUACGCAGCAGUUUGCGGCUCUUCAAGUUAUAGCCGAGGACCUCGACGAGAACACAGACCCAGAAAUGCUGGAUAAAUGUUCCAAGUUCUUUUUAGAGCAUGAACAGUACGACAAAGCUGUGGAGCUUUUGGUUGUUGGAAAACAGUUCUCGGAGGCAUUGGAUCUCUGCAUGAGUCAUAACGUAACAAUCACGGAGGAAUUAGCAGAGAAGAUGACCCUCCCUAAGGGCUCUGAUCCCGAGUUCCGAAACAAACUGCUCGAGAGGAUCGCUGACUGCUGCAUGCAACAGAGAUCUUAUCACUUGGCUACCAAGAAAUACACGCAAGCUGGAAACAAAGUCAAGGCAAUGAAAUCUCUCCUGAAAUCUGGCGACACAGAGAAAAUUAUCUUCUUCGCUGGUGUUUCGAGACAGAAGGAGAUCUACGUGAUGGCGGCUAACUACCUUCAGUCUCUUGACUGGCGCAAAGAUCCCGAGAUUAUGAAAAACAUCAUUGCUUUCUACACCAAGGGCCGAGCGCUGGACUCGCUGGCUAACUUCUACGAUGCUUGUGCACAGGUGGAAAUUGAUGAGUAUCAGAACUAUGACAAAGCGCUCGGAGCGCUCACAGAGGCGUAUAAAUGUAUGGCAAAAGCCAAGACGAAAAACCCUACCGACCAAGAAGAGAAGGUGGCUUUCCUUAAACAGAGAAUAGGUUUCCUGAAGAAAUUUGUUCAGGCUAGAAGAACAUACGACGAAGACCCAGACGAGGCUAUCAAACAGUGUCACAUUCUUCUUGAGGAGGCGGAUCUCGAAACAGCUGUGCGUGUUGGCGACGUGUAUGGAAUCAUUAUAGAACACUACGCACGACAGCAGAACUACACUAAAGCGUACUCUGUGAUGGAGGAAAUGCGGCGGCGAGUGCCUAAUGUCAACAUGGCGUACUACGUGAACAUGAAGACGAUAGAGGCGACCCACAAGGCUGUGGGAGCCCCACUGAUGCGAGGAAUGGGUGCUGAAAAAGAAAUCCGCGGGGAACUGGACGAAGAUGAAGGAGAAGAAGUGGAGGAGGAAGUGGAAGAGGAUCUGAUGAAUGGACAUGAUGAUUACUAGGCACCAGGGAGGGACGAGAAGAGAAGAAAAGAGAAGAGACGGACUAGAAUCUACUGAAAGUGAUGGCGGUUUUGGUGACAGAUUUGCACGGUCUUGGUCGACAGUAACAUUUCAUGAAGAGUGAAGUAGUCAAUUAGGACAACUGAGAAGACGAUGAUGUUAUAGAAUUCGAAAUGAUGGGCUCGCGCGUUGGUAAAGCUGGUUGUUACAAAAUACCAUGAGUAGUUGCUCCAUACUUAAAUUAUUUCUCGUUUGGACAGACCGAUUUUCUUGGCGCAACGAUCGACGUUAUGGAUGUUUCUUAGUUAACGGCGAGUAUGGGUUAGGUCAUGGUUGAAGUCGUGAUGGAACUAUGCGACUUUAGAAUGGUGCGGUAUAGGAGUAAGACAGACAACAACGAGGGAAAGUUAAUUGCAGAUGAUUACGUGAAACAUUGAACUCGGACUCGAGGAAAGAGAGAACUAAAGGGCCUUAAAAUCUAUCCUGGCGGAGAGUGUCUCCGAAAUUCACCAAAAUCAUCGAUGCCCAUAAGCUACAGGGCGAGAAGUUGAAUUAGGGGAAGAGGUCAAGAUUACGGUAGAUUUUCGUUGAGUUUGCGAAAUAUUGUACAAAUUUACAUACAUAAUUAACAUGAUUCAUUUCACUUUUCUAAUCCAGGAAACAAGUGUCGGAAUCAACAGCCGCGUGUUGCUAAGCAACAUGGUCAAACUGACAUAACAAUGAUCGUGUUCUCGUGCUCUUUUCUGAUUGGACUAAAAGAAUCGGAAAAUCUGCGAAUGCGUACGAACUCUCGUGCUUUCGACUUUGUUGUUUUAAAAAUUACAAGUUCUGCAGUUGGAUUCACAGUUGUGAUAAACAUGACAUUUAGAGAAAUUUAGGACCACGUUUGCUUUUUCUUGAAUUAUUAGCUAUCAAAACAACUGGGAGUCACAUCCACAACAAACUAGAAACAUUUCGCUCUCACCCAAGAACGGCAAACAACAGGCGGCAACUGAAAUAACAGAGGGUUAUUUGCCAUUUGUGGGGAGAAUGAGAUGAAAAUUCCAGACGAAGCUUAAUGUUUUGCUGUUCGACUAAACUUUUCUUUUCAUGUAUAUGAUCUUUGAACAAACCAUCAGCAGGGUGAUCAGUGAAACCAAGACAGGUUGAAGGGUAAGAGAGUGAAUUCCCUACAUUUGCCUGGUUUAUUCACAAGUCAAUCCCUCUCAAGUUACAUUUAAAUCACUUCCAGUUCUAGAAAUCCCAUCGGUUCUAGAAAUACCCACACCUGUGUCGCGGAUUGUGCUCACGUGGACAGCCCGAGCGGCUUUACACGCAUUGUCAUUCUCCACGAAAACAUCCACGCCACACGCGUGGUAACAUCCGCGCAAGAACUAGAUACCACGUCUAAAGAGAACUAAGAGGGAUCUUGAGAAUAAGGUCUAUACGUGGAAUUAACUCUCUUACUCUAACCCUUCAUCCUUGGUGAAAAAUUACACAUAACAUCAUAAUUUCGUGCGUUGAGUAUUUUGCCUUUUCUGCGGUCCACUUUUCAAGUAGACGGUCUGAAAAGCAAUAUGCUCGAUAGCUCCAUUGAGUGCACAGGCAC